AGCGCAGACGACCACAAUCACGACAGAUGCAGGUCGUCCUCCUCCAGCCUCCAAACCUCAAUGUUGUCGAACGAAGGAAGCGACCCAAUGAAGAUCUUCGGCGCAGGUGCAGCUUCUCACUUCCUGCCGGGCUGCUUGGGGGCCAUGGAUUUACUGAGGAACCUUCCAGAGGGCGUUACUACAACCACCUGGCCCACCAAAUACCCUGAACACCUUAGGAGAUCCACUACAUGUCCUAUCCCCCUGCAGUGUCCAGGGAGCCAUGGAUUGCCUCGAUCUCACCCAAUAGAUGGCAGCACUUGUUCCGCCUCGAUCGCACGACCAGUAGAAAGUAGCUGCUCGAGUUUACGCAAACGGCCGAAAGGUGACAGCACUCUCAGCUUCUAUAAACAGGCAACAGAAAGCAGUACGUGUAAUGUCGUGGCCACAACAGAUGGCAGCACCUCUGUUAACUUACAAGUGCACGCAAUAGAAAACAGUCCGUGUGAGAUUCGUAGUUUAGAUAUUCAACCGACGGGAGGCAUCAUCACCUCCAUUCCCAGUUCAGUUAUAGUGUCUGGUGCGAGCAGUGCGACUUCAAUCACCACUUGUUAAUUUAGAAAGUGAAAACUAAGAAACACUCUUCCAAAUAUUUUAAGAAAACUCUGGACUGUUUAAUCAUCACGACACUGAACCUUUUUAUCUCGCUCUCCUUUAUGGCCAAAAUGUCGUGAAUCCGCCAGUUUACUCAAGCUGCGAGAUCACUUAGACUUGGCUCGGGGCAACAAAGUGUUAUCCUCGUGCAACAGCUGCUUUAACCGCGGCAGUGAUGGGCGAAAAGCAGCUUUAUGCUUGCCAGAUGUAACCAGUACUGGCAGAGGAAAAUUGAAGUGUUUUGCUUGUCAAAACGCUGGGAGUGAGGAGAGAGAGAGAGAGCGAGAGAGAGAGCGAGAGAGAGAGAGAGAGAGAGAGAGAGAGAGAGAGAGAGAGAGAGAGA